UAAACUUGUUAAUUUCGGCAAUAAAAUGCCAAUUUACUUGCAAAAUUAUGAAAUCUGUGACGUACACUUCAUCGCUUUUAGCUUUCCUUUAUAUAAUUGCGCUUUCAAAUUGAUGAAUUGACGAACAGUUGGGUAUCUUCAAAAAUUUCAUUAUAUUUUUAGUAACUGAAAUUUUAAUGCGACUGAAACAAGCAAAAUGAGGGUCUGCAAUAUACGUUGCUGUUUCUUUUCUAGCUUGGUGUUUUUCUCCCUCGUUUACUACUAUAAUGACGUGGUAGUCGACGUGCUAAUCUUCCAGGAGCACCACCUUGUGGAGAGGUACUUUGUGAACACUAUUGGAUGUCGGAUGCUGACCAUGGUUCCCAACGAACGCGACGUGAUGCUCCUGUGGCGCGGCCUGCGCAGGGACUUUUGUGCCAGCGAACUGGACCUGACGUCCUUCAGCAGCUGUGAUAACAACUACCUGAGAACGGAGGUGGACAUAGAGUUCAUCGUGCCAAGGUUCGGUGUCACAAAUUUGGAGAGCUUCGAGUGCCAGUAUCAUGCUAUGCAGCGGAAAACCGAUUUCGACAAUCGGUAUUUGUACAGUCGGCAAUUUCCACUGCUGGCGGAUGGAAACAAUACAAUUGAACCCCAUGCGGAUAUCAUAAGGGCUGAGUGCUUUCUCAACGGCACGAACAUAUAUAACGGAGUUCACUUCUACGUCCAGCCACCCGACGAAUGGCUGCGGAACACCAAGGGUAUCCCUCCCCUCAAGUUGGCCUCCGACGCCGGCAGCUUGUCCGUGUUGAUCUUGGGCCUGGACUCCAUUUCCCAAAUGCAUUUCCACCGGAGUAUGGGUCGCACAGCCAACUUUCUGCUCUCCCUGCCGCACGUCGUGCUCAAGGGCUUCAAUCGGCUGGGAAAUAACACCUUCGACAGUCUGAUGCCGCUGCUGAGCGGGCUAAGUGGUCCCGACUUGAAGGAUCUUUCCUUAAAAUUCAAGAGUCUGGACAGCUGCCCUUUUAUCUGGAAAGUCUUUCAGCAAGCCGGCUAUGAAACCGCUCUGGGUGAGGACAACAUAGACAAGAGUAUGUUCGCGAAGGGAUUCGAGGAUCCACCCACGGACUUUUAUCUUCGGCCAGCGUUGCUAGAGAUGUGGCUAAAAACCAGGACGGACCAGGUACAUGGCACCCACUGUAACGAGAAGGAUAGCUAUGCCAUGGUGCUCAGAGAGUUCCUCUUCAAGAUUCUGCCCCACCACAAGGCGCAUAGGUUCUUCACGUUCCUUUGGUGGACGCAGGGCAUCGAUCACGUGUUUAACUACGGCCGUAAGCUGGACCUCCCGUUUCUGAAAAUGUUUAAUUCGAUAGCCAGCAGCGGCCUUCUGAAAAACACUCUACUGUUGGUGGUUUCCAAUCACGGAUUGAAUAAAGGGCGAUUUUACAAGACGGUGCAGGGAAAAGUUGAGGAGAGUCUGCCACUGGCCAUGCUCUGCUACCCUAGGUGGCUGGAAGAACGGUAUCCUCAGGCCAUCAGCAACUUAAAGACAAACAACCACCGCCUGGUCACUGCCUUCGAUCUGCAUGCCACUCUCCUGGACUUACCCAAUCUGACGUCACUGGAGGAUGAGCAGCUCCAGAAGCGAAGUUCGGUCUUAGAGGCUCUGGAGAAGAAACCUCCACGAGGAAUUAGUCUUUUCCUGCCCAUACCAGAAAACAGAGAUUGUGCUUUGGCCAGCAUACCAACGGAGUAUUGUCUGUGUCAGCAACAUAGAAACACAUCCACUGCGGAUGGAUAUGUUCUGCGCGCCGCCCGCCUUAUUAUCCGGAACAUCAACAAGAUCCUGCACCUACACACUCCGCCCUGCAGUAGCUUGUCUCUGGAUCGGGUACUAUCUGCCGAGAAGUGGCGGCGCACGGCGGAUGAUCACCAGUCGGAGUUCAGGGUCAGGCUGCUGGCCACUCCUGGAGGGGGUCAGUUUGAAGGUGUCGUUAGGUAUACGGGCUACAAGCUGGCCAUAGACGGGUCGAUAAAGCGCGUGAAUGACUAUGGAAAUGACUCGCACUGCAUUCAGAACUACCUUAUUGAAAUGUAUUGCUUUUGUCAUUAAAAUACUCAUACAAAGCAGGGAAAAUU